GCUCAACGACGCCUGGUUCUCCCUUUGCUCUGUUUCUCUUUGGAUCGAUCGAGAGAGGGGAAGGAAGGGGGAGGAGGAGAUGGCGUCGACUGGGGAGGAGCGGCGGACGCUGGUACUGGUGAACCUCGCCGGAAUCAUGGAGAGGGCCGACGAGGCGCUUCUCCCGGCGGUCUACAAGGAGGUGGGUGCGGCGCUGCACGCUACCCCUACGGGGCUGGGCUCCCUCACCCUCCUCCGAUCCAUCAUCCAGGCCGCUUGCUACCCCCUCGCGACCUACAUGGCCGUCCGCUACAACCGGACCCACGUCAUAGCUCUCGGCGCCUUCCUCUGGGCCGCCGCCACCUUCCUCGUCGCCCUCUCCAGCACCUUCCUCCAGGUAGCAAUCUCGAGAGCCUUGAACGGGAUCGGGCUAGCCCUAGUGACCCCAGCUAUCCAGUCCCUUGUAGCUGACUCCACUGAUGACGGCACACGUGGUUCGGCUUUUGGAUGGCUACAACUGACUGGUAAUGUUGGUUCCAUCAUUGGUGGCUUCUUCUCACUACUACUAGCAUCGACUUCAUUUAUGGGUAUUGCGGGUUGGAGAAUUGCUUUCCAUCUGGUUGGCAUAAUAAGCAUCAUUGUAGGAAUCUUGGUUCGGCUCUUUGCAAUGGAUCCCCAUUUUUGUAAUGAUAGUUCAGGUAACAAAGCCAUUUCGCGCAAGUCUGUUUGGACAGAAGCCAAGGCCCUUAUUAAUGAAGCCAAAGCUGUUAUGAAAAUUCCAUCAUUUCAGAUCAUUGUCGCACAGGGGAUCACUGGUUCAUUUCCAUGGUCUGCUCUUUCAUUUGCACCUAUGUGGCUGGAGCUCAUUGGAUUCUCGCAUGGGGUAACUGGAUUUCUCAUGGGCAUUUUCGUGGUUGCAAAUUCUCUAGGUGGAUUAUUUGGAGGAAAGAUGGGGGAUGUUUUAGCUAAACGUUUCCCAAAUUGUGGAAGGAUAGUCAUGUCCCAAAUAAGCUCUGGCUCUGCCAUUCCUCUUGCAACUCUAUUGAUGUUGGUCUUAGCUGAUGACCCCUCCACAGGACUUGUGCACGGCCUUGUCUUGUUCAUCAUGGGAUUUAGCAUAUCUUGGAAUGGUCCGGCCACAAACAAUCCUAUAUUUGCGGAGAUUGUCCCAGAGAAAUCAAGAACAAGCAUCUAUGCUUUGGAUAGAUCCUUCGAGUCUGUACUAUCAUCAUUUGCUCCUCCUCUUGUUGGCAUUUUGGCGGAGCAUCUUUAUGGGUACAAACCAAUUUCUUAUGAAGCGAGCGAGAAUACCACUGUUGAGACAGAUAGAGAGAAUGCUGCCUCCCUUGCCAAAGCACUCUACACAGCAAUAGCAAUUCCCAUGUCACUCUGUUGCUUCAUCUACUCCUUCCUGUACCGCACCUAUCCCAGAGACAGGGAAAGGGCAAGGAUGGAUUCCUUGAUAGCAUCAGAAUUGCAGCAGAUAGAGUUGGAGAAUUCUUGUGAAGUGGGACAUGAUUCUGGAAGCCAACAUUCUGAAUUGCAGUUGAAUGAAAGUGAAAGAAGCGUAAUUGAUUUGGCUUAUGGAGACGAAGACUUUGAGACUGAUGACAAUGAUGAGAGGACACUGCUUUCUUGCCAAGUGGAAGUAUCAAAUGAAAGGGAUUAGCAUAUGAAUUAAUGAAAACUUUCUGUUUCCCAUGGUUACUUUUAGACUAGACCAGUCUAGUAAGUGCUCCUGAGAAACCACAAAUGCAGUUUAUUUCUGAAUCUAAUGUCUGCUUUGGAGGCCAGAUGUUAUGUGGGAGACAGUUUUUGGAGGAAGUUCAUUGGUCUACUUAUCGACCACAAGAUGAUGGACAUAAAUAGUGUUCGAAGUCAGUCGAGUAUUCAACUUUUGAUCAAUCUUGGAUGGUAAUUUCUAUAUUGAUCAAUCUGGUACACAAGACUGUUUUCUUGAGCAACUACUUGCUUUGGUUGCUCUGAGUCUGAUGACUGCUUCGGAGACUACAUGGUAUGUUGAUCUUGGGGUUAGUUCCUGUAGGAGGUUGCCAUAUUCAACUGGUAGACAACAGGCAGCCGGAAGAUUUAAUUGCUUUUUGAUUGUUUUGAAUCAUUUUUAAGUUGCUUUUAAAGAAAGUGUUUAUUGUAAUUAUAAAAACAAAUGGAAAGAAAAAAAUCCACUUAAUUGUAACAAAAUUGCAAGUGUAAUUGACAAUUUUUGUAAUUCAAGGUUCUGUGUGCAGACUUCUGUUUCUCA